AUGUGGAGACCUCCAUCUUCUUCCAUACCGAGCGCGCAAACGUUCGCUUCAGCGCCUCCGGUAAGCAUUGUACUUGAUCAACUAUUUUAACCCUCACGAUUGUUUAUUAUGUAUAUUUUAAUCUAUUGUUACAUAUCGUUAUUUGCCACACCGAACAAACUCCAGCAGAGUUUCGUCAUUCUUAACCACAACUCUUCAAUGUUCUAUUUUUCAGGCAAAUCAGCAAUACAUCCAUCCCAGAUUUCAGACACACUUACGACAACCAGCUAUCAGACAGAGUCCAGUAACCAACCCUGGGGUAGUAGCACCUAUACGGCAUUUGGGUUCUCCUCCUAGAUUACAUGGUCCAUUUCACCCAGCAAUAGCUGGUAUCAAUCCACCAAGGAGUAUUAUACAACCCUCAAUAGCACCUGCUCCAAACUCUUCCUUACCUUUACAGCAGCCCUCUCCGAUGAUUUCAGCCAGAGGAAUGACUGUGACCCAACUCCAGCCACAUAGACCCAUGACUUUGCCCUCACCUGUUACAGUUCCAUCUCCAGCCAUACCGUCUUCACCUUUCAAGGGCCCUUCAUGGCAAGUGAGGAGCCCCCAACCAACUGGACUAAAUUUAAACCAGCCACCUUCUUUUAUAGUAUCUACUCCUCCUUCUGUCAACAGAAUCACACCUUCAACCCAGCAGGUGUUUGUGUCUUCUCCUACAGUUCCUCAAAGAGGCACCCCACUUCCAAUACAGCAUUUACCUGUGAAUUUUGCUUAUUCUCCCCCAGUAACAAAUCCUCCAUCUCCAAUGCAGGGAUUUCUUCAGUCAUCUACUUCAACUUCUUUUAACAAAGUUGCUGGCCCAAUCCAUCAGCCAUUAACAUCUCCAUCAGUCCCUAUAAUGAGAGGGGUCCAAGCUCUUCCAUCUUCAGUAUUCAGUAGUCCACUUUUGCAGAUGAAGCACCCACAGCCAACCUUUAGACCUCCAGUUCUGACAUCACACCCUAGACCAUACACAUCUUCAGUGUCAGCUGUGCCCAGAGGGAUGCUGCCUAGGCCCAGGGGGAUGUCACCUGUGCCCAGAGGGAUGCCAUCUACAGAGGGAGUUCUACAUCAAGGACUGCAGUCAUCACCUUUGAUCAGUUCAGCUUGGCAGGCUAGAAAUCCUCAAUCUGUUCCAAGCUUUAACCCAAGGCUUUCUUUUGCAGCAGGCUUUGACAGACACUUGCCUGAGCCACACUGGAGCAAUGCAGUGCCCAAUAUUCAACACUUUAUUGGUAGAGAAAACUCAGUUCCUUCUCAUUUUGGAAAAAGAAGUAUUCAUAGUAAAAAUGAGAACCAGUCCUCUGAAAUGCAACAGCCCAUUCCUAGCAAAAAGAGAAAUUCUGAAUUCAGUCCUGAUGGUAGACCUCUUUAUCGAAGGACAGGUUCUUACAGAGAUGGACAAAGGGGAAGAGAGCCUGGAAAAAGAAGGUUGAGAUAUAAGUAAAAGUACAAUUUGACUAAAGUUCUUGAAUGGGUGAUUUCAAAAUUUGAAAUUACAGGCAUAAGAUUUAAAAGUUACUGAAAAAACUUUUUAAAUGAAGAAAGUCUGAGGUACUCCAGACCUGGAUAUUGUAACUUAAAAGAAUUUUGGAACCAAUCGGGUAAGAAAAAACUAGAAAGGACAAUUAACAUGUUUGUAAUGAACAUCCUGCUGGUAGAGAUAUUCCAAUGAUUGGCAUUGAAAGUCCAGAUGCAAAAAUUUAUCUACAGACACCUGUAGGUCUUGGAGAUACUUAAAUGCAAAAAUUGUUCACAAAUAUUUCUGUAGCUCUUCUCUAAAACAAUUGUCAUUUUGGUCUUUUUCUUCUCUUAAGGAGCUAUAUUCCAGGUGCAGGUGGCAGAGGUAGUCCUCGAGUUGAUCGUUGUUAUUCUCCACCACCCCCAGAUAUUGAGAGAGUGAUAACAUAUCUGGUAUCAGAAGAUUUUUACAUUAAAAAGCAGAGUAAUGAGGUAUGUCAUUCCAUUGCAUGCUUUGGAGAACUGUGAUUAUCCAAAUGACAGUAGUCCUUAAAAUUACAGUCAAAUCUUUGUUGGUGACUGUCAUCUUGGCAACCUGAAUAGCUGACAGUGUUUGUUCAGAGUCAAAAGUUGUCAAAACUCCUGUUUCUAGCUACUGGUUAUUUUAACCCUUUGAACUUUAGAAGUGACUAACUUCCACUUUCUCCUUACAAUGUCUCCCUUGAAUCCAAGAGUAAGGUCACAAGAAUAAAGGAAAUGAUCACCAACUAAAAAUCCUCUUGAUUAUUAUACAAAUUCUCCUUGUCAGCACCUUCAGGAAAUGUACAGGGAAGUGAAUGGAGAAUAGGGCGUAAAUGAUCAGGGACUAUCUUCAAUGCACUUUUCCGUGAUCCAUCCAUUGAUUAACCCUUUAACUCCCAAAAUCUCCUUAUUCAUUCUUCUAACUGUCUGCCAUUCAGUUCUUGUGAGGUUAUUUUGGAGAAUUUGGUAUUGAUCCAUCCAUUGAUUAAAAUGACUAAAAGUUAUUCAUUUUAUUUCCAUCUUAACUGGAUAAAAAAAAACCUUAAGGUGUUCAGCACAGUGAGUGACUUUGCAGAUCUACUGGCUUAUUAAAAACUAAUUGAACCAAAAAAAGAAAUCUAACCACAGUAUUCAUAUAUUCAGUUUUCUAGCCUAUGUAGUAUUUGAUCGGUGAUGUGAUAAUUCUUUGUCUUUAUUAGAUUUAUUUUAGUUUUAUUUGUGUUUUUUUUUUUGCUUAGGGUGAUAUUUCUAUUGUUCAGGGAACAGAAAAGCUUAGUGAACUUCAGAACAAAUUUCAUAAGGAAAUAGUUAAUAUGACAGCUGUGAUUGCUGAUGACGAUGAGGAGAGUGUUGACAGUGAGCAAAGUAACCACACUGAAACAGAUGUUGGUGAUGUAGAGUUGCUGAUGGACUGUGAAGCCAAUGACAGUUCUUCUAAAUCAUGGAUCAGACUAGGGUCAGGUGUCAGUAAUUCUACAGAAUUCCUCAGUGAUGAGGAAUCUAACAUUGAUGAAGAUGAUAGUGAGAUUGGAAGCAAAAGGUUGGGGAGCAGCAGCUCUGAAUCAGAUGACAGUGAUGAUAAUGAGGAUGACGAGGAAAGUGGGAGCUUUGAUAAUGACAAGAACUUGCAUGAGCAAGACCCCAAAGGUUCUUUUGUGGCAGAGACCAGGAAGAGAAAGAUAGAAGAUCCUUGUCGCCUUCAUCCAGAACUUUGGUUCAAUGAAAAAGGAGAGGUGGGUGUAGUUAGAUAACACUUUUGGAGAGUAGUGUAUAGCAGUGGUCAGCUCAACUAAAUGAUAAUUAAAGUAGAAUUCCUUUUUCAAAGAGUUUUGGAACAGUUGAGUGUACUGUAGAUAAGGGGUCAAAUUGAGGGUCAAAUUAACUUUAAGGGUCAAAGUUUAAAAUUGAGUUGACUCAAACAUAUUAACCUAAUUGGAUGAACUUUGUAGUAACACACCAUCACAGGUUGUUUGCCUAACAGUUCUGCAAGAGAGUGUACAGUUUGUAAAUUAUAGUUUAACUCAAACUUUUCCACUCUAUCUUGGUACCUGUUUUAACGUUUUCCAUUAAUCUGAUCAAGGGAUGAAAUGCCCAUACCACCCUUGCAAUUUUUUGUGCUUUCAUUUAGAAAUGUUGCCCCUGAUUUGUAAUAUAAUCUGAGUCCUAGAAAAAAAGUUAUUGUUCAAUUUUUAUUAAAAUUUCUAUGAGCUCCUUGUUGAACAGCUUUUACUUUACUUAGACAAAUGAUGGUCCAGUCUGCCGAUGUAGUUUAAGUGACAGGCAGCAUGGAAUCCGUCAUGGUAUCUACCCUGGUGAAACUGUAAGUAUAAUCUAGAUUAUUGUUUGUUUAUUACAACAGAGCCUAUGGUCUAUUAGGGCUUAGCUGAUCCUGGUAUCUGUACAGGAAAUAACCGGGAGUAUUGCUACUCCCUCCUGGAUGGGAUGCUGAACCAUCAUAGCUUAACCCCCAGCAUUUCUUCCACUUUUCCUAACAGUGUGUUAUUAUCCAUUUAUACUUAUGGGAGAAGAGAGGCCCUGUCAAAGAAAAGUAUCUUCUCCAUAAAAAUUGACCUGAUUGAGAGAGUAUUACAAAAUUGACAGAAACUAUUUACCUGUAGUUGGAAAUUAAUGAAAUCAAACAACACUAAAUAUUUACAUAAAAUGAUGUUCACCUAAUUUAUUAUCAAUGAAUUUUAUUUUGUUGCUGCUCAAUCACAUUCUCUACUCCAUACAAUUUUUCACAGGUCAUUCCAGCCUGCGACCCUUUAACAAACAAUGCAGACAAGUUGGACCAUUAUUGGGUGACUGUUACACCACACACCAACUUCAUGGUAUGUUAUGCACAUCAUGGCUUAGGAUUGACAGAGUUAUGGUUUUUAUGUUUUUCCCAUUAAUGUUCCCACUGCUUUUUUAGACAAUGCUAUAAACCCACCAACUUAUGUGUUGCUACUUUAACUUGUGUAAGUUAUGAAUAGAAAUAUUUAGUGGAAAUAGCUGAAUUAUAGAGUCUACAAUCCAUUGCUGUCUGAGUCACUUACUACAUGGUCACGUUUUUCAAUGUGAUUGUUUUAAUUUCCUAUCCGAUGAAUCAUUUUAUAUGUCACUGUUCAGUUAUUGUUGCUGUUCUGUUCCAUAACUAAGCUUUAUUGUGUCAAAUCUCUACUUUUCAGACAGAGAAUCCAAGUGUCAUCCAGUUUGAUGGAAAGGAUUACACAUUUGAGGGGUUUUCAUUGUUUUCCCAUCAGCCACUUAAAGAUGUGAGUUUCCCUGUUGUCACAAAUUUCACCAUCAAGAUUGUCGAUGAUACUCACAGAUUUGUGUAACAAUGUUUGAGGAUCUUAAUUGGAUAUCUUACUCAUCAGUGGUCCUCAACUAUCCUGUAUAUUGUUCUUAAAGUUGUCUAAGGCCCCUGGAAAGAUUCUCAGAAGAUCCAGUAGGCCUUAGCAAAUUCUGGUAUUCUUUCCAUGUCCUUAACAUUCUUAUUGGUAAGAUUCCCAAUACUGUUAAAAAAAAAUCAUAGCUGAGGUAUUAAAAGCAUGAUUGGCUUUUGCUUAUAAAGCAAUAUAGGGUGUCAACGCACACUCAGCUUGUAAGAACCAAGAAUAAUUGGGUUGAGCACAAAAAGAGUUGAUUGCUUACAUAAGAGGUUUACAGUAGGUUACCAAAGGCAAGCAUAGGGCAGAUUUCUUGAGUUCUGAUCCUAAGCCUUGAACUCCCAAGAUCUGAUUGUUAAUUCUCCUCUCUAGCUGCUACACAUUUCCUUUUAAAUUAGUUACAAGAAUUUGGUGUUAGAUGCAGAUGACAACUUCUACCUGAUAAAUUUGAAUAUUCUCAUUACCUGUUUGCUGGAUAAUGUAUGGAUAUUAUCGAGAGAAGUUGCAUAUUGAUCAUUGCUGGGAGUUAAAGGGUUAAACAGCACAAAAGUAUGGCGUUAACAUAACAGAGCCAGGGUGCUUAUUACAAAUUUUUUAUAUACACCUUUAUCUUGUUAUAAUUGUAUACUUUAUUGAUAAUGACUGUAAAUGUCUAUUGAUUUCCUAGAUACCAAGUUGUUCUGUGAUAAGAUUCAACAUUGAAUACACUCUUCAUUUCAUCAGUCAACCAGUUCCAGAGGUCUGUGAGUCAAUAUCACUUUAUUCCAGUGCUGGGUCACAAGCUUCAAUUUUAUUUAUCUUAAAUCUCUUUUAGUUUUCAACUUAGACAACCCUAGUUAAUUGAAUUACAUUUUUUACAAAAAAGUUUUUACACAUUAUUAACCAGGAUACUGAAAUGGUAAUAAAAAUUGUUGGAGUAAAAAAUGACAAUGUUAUUGUAAAUUGUAUUCCUUAAUAACUACAUGGUCUGUGAUCAGUUAAACACACCAUGCUCUGUUAUACAGUCAGUCAACCAAACUUUAAAGCUGUUUUUGUUGCCACAAUCUCUUGAUGUUCAUCACAAAGGGAAAGUUGACAUGUUUUUUUGUCAUUUUUUUACUUUUUUAAAUGUGCUUUAACAACACUUAACAAUGACUUCAAAUUGACUUUGCCUUCUUUGGACAUGGGUCAGCUAUUUGAAUCCCUUUUUAUGACUAGAAAUCAAUUCUCUAACUUGUCACACACACACACAGUUGGCUAAUAAUUAACUUCUUAUUUUCCUCAUCUUCCCCUUUUCUCUUAUUUGAUUAACGGUCUGGAUGCUUUGUGCUUGGGCCCUUAAAUCAGUGGGCACAAAUGCCAAUUUUAACUUCUUGUACAGAAUUCUUAUAUGAUUAUGUGAUUAUGGGCCUAUUAAUUUGAAGCUUCAACUUCUCCCCCAAGGGCAACCCAUGGGUGGGGGGAAUUUGAACAAGCCAAUCUUCAAAAGUUAGAAUGUCAAGGGGGAGGUUGAAGCUUUGAAUAGGUUGAUGCAUCAGUACAUGUCAAGAGUAUUUAUUAUAUUUUCUCAUCCAACUGGCUUGUUUCAAUUUCAGAAUUUUUGUGUCAGAGACCUAGACUUGUUUACAGAGUUUUUCUUCUACAAAGUGCUUGAACUGGCAGAUUGGGACAUAAAUGGUAAAUACUAGUGAAAGUAAACUUAAUAUUUACAGCAAAGAGCAAUUAGCAAAACAUUUGCCAUUCAUGUUAAAUCAUGCACUUUAGAUUUAAACUUUUGUAUGAUGCUUUUUGCAGGAAAUAUUCAAGAUUCCUGUCAGAGAUUUCACUUUAUGCCAAGAUUUGUUCACAGAUCUUCAAGUUAGUCAACAACCAAGUUAUCAUUUUUUCUUAAUUUGUGUUGAAAUCUGAUAUGGCUGAUUACAUGUACAUGACUUUUUAAAGUGAAUUUUAAUACUUAAUAAGUUGAUCAUCAAUGUAUAGUGAAGCUUCUGACAAUUCUUACCAUUAGUUCCUCUGCUUUUAAGUUUGCCUUUCCAAAUUCAUAGUGGGUUAAUGAUCAACUAUGGGUGUCUCAAUUUUCCAUCAUUAUAAGCACACUUAACAAUUAUUGCAUGUCUUCCUUACUGUAGUAUGUGCGCUAUGAUUGGUCAAUAUGCAGACCAUGGCUCACUGUUUGGUCCUCUAAUUUCAAAAGUUUGUUUGAAUUAAAAUCUUUCCCCUUUGAACCCAUAGAUAAUAUAGUAAAUAUCUUAAAAAAACUUUUCUUGGUCCUUACUUUAAGUUAUGGAAGCUUAAUUUUUUCCUCUCUAAUUUAUGGUCUGUGUAUGUGGCUUUGGUAGUAAAAACAUGGUCCAUUAUUAAUAGUAUGGACCUUGGAUUUUGUCAGUAUAAGGUAUUUAGUCACUGAAGUGGUGGAAAAUUCCUUUUACCCUGUAUUUCUUUCUUCCUCUCUCUAGAUGAGAAUAAUUCAGCUGCAAACCAUGAACUUCUUCCAAUGAGCCAUGUGUUGUCCCAUAUUUUAGACUCUGCUGAACCUCUUGUUCAGGUAAGAAAUUGGGUAUCUUAACACUAGACCUAAACUAAUGUAGGUGGCCUUGAAAAAGCUGAGGUCAAAAUAGAUGCUGACGAAGGGAGCGUACCAUUUAGAGAUUGUAGCAUUAAUUACCUCUUUGGGGACAUAUUGCUUAUUGCUCCCUAUAGUGUCACUGGGUUCUAUUUGAUUGUAUAUAGAUCUACAGGAAGACUAAUUGGACAUCAUAUCUAUGGCAGCAUGUCCUGGUUUCUCGAGCUUGAAGUAAUUGUUAGUAUUGCCAAUCUUUCCUGAGUAGUUAUUGCAGGUUAUUUCCAGCAAUUUCUCAGGUACCUGGUCAUACCCACAGGUGGAGAGGCAUUGGAAGAAAAUUUUCCCUCAACAGAGCUUUGACCUAAUAAUUUUGAUCUGCAGUCAAGAGCAGUAAUGUUUAGGCUUGUGUAACUUGUGUUUGUGUUUUUCAGAACAAUAAUUUCUUUGAUUUUCUCUAACAGCCAAGUGAUUUUGCCCUUAAUGCUGACAAAUUGGGGGAAUAUUCAAAGUUAUGUGUCAAUUCUCUUGUCAUGAACCCAAACAAGGUGAGUCACAAUGUGAUAUUGUUUAGAUGCAAAAAAGAAAAAUUUUUGUUUUGUCAGAUUUUGCACUAUACAUGUAUGUGGGAGAGAAAGUUGAUAUGCAUUUCAGCGUCAUUUUGAACUGUAGUUAAAAGUUGUGAUGAUCUUUUUGAACAUUACUAUUAUUUCCCACACUACCUUACAUGUAGUCAUGUCACGUAACAUUUAUCUUCUGCCAACAACCAAAGAUUUGAUUAUUUAUCAGUAGUGUUUUCACUGUUGUCUUAGAAACCAGCAGCCAUCAGAGUUGACGACCUACAAUUUCAUACAGAUGAUAAGCGAUUAACCAAACGCAAGGUACGUUUCUUUGUGGUUGUCGGCCAAUAGCCAUUGAAAAUAACUUUCCUGAAAGGAAGCAAAGGAGAAUAUUAUCUUGUUUUGUUUUUCUUUUAUGGGUAUUGUGACUUUUCUCUGACUUAUCAUUCAAAAUCACUUUAUACUUUUUCUUGUACAAAUGGAACACAGAUGUAUCCUUACAUUGUGCACCACGGUAUCAGGCCAGUGCAGAUGAGUUUUGCUGGAGAUCCUAGGUAACUAUUGUUUUAUAUAAUAGAGUUCACACCCAGGUGGAGGGAAGAUAGAUAUCGUGCAUUCGCUAUUUUAAGUCUCUAUUCGUCUUAUUUUACCUCGCGUGGAUACAUAUAUCUUUGUUAACUUGUCUCUCUUGAGUGUUGGUUAACGCCAACAUCAUUUUAUCAUUGCACGCUUAUAUAUAAAUGUAGGUGGAACGCAUAACCCAUACUAUUUUUCUGUUUUCCAGGUAUCAAAAGCUAUACAAGUCAUACGUCAAGUUAAGAACCCUGAUAUCAAACACGUAAGUGAAAGUGUUUCACUUUAAACACGUUCUUAACCUUCUUUUAAUCAACUGAACCGAAAAUAUCCCAGGCACUAGAAAAAGCGUAUUAAUGUGGGCAAGUUUGCUAAAUUUGAGUGCUACUUGCUUGAAUAUAGUUCACUUUUCAAACCUCGUGUAGGUAUCCUUCAAUCUAUAUCUAGCUCUCUAGUCGAGGGAUUUUAAAAGGCCUACUGUUUCCUUUAUAAAUUUCACACAAAAAUUUCGCAAUGUGAACUGAAAGUGGACGUUCUUUACUUGUUGCGACACAUUUUCAAUUCUAUUUAGCGCAAUGGAUUGUAUUAUUUCAUGUCUGCUAUCCUACUUCGUCGGAACGAUUGGUAGUUACGAUUCAUUCAUUAAGAGCAUUUUAAGUUAAACCUGAGUGUCAGAGCAAAUUUUAAUAGGGUGUCAAAAGCAAUACAGAAUUGCAUUGUUUUUGCUUAAUACUUCGCGCCACUCUCUCAACCAAUCAACUGCAAAGCUAACACCGAUCACGACUUUGUGGCCCGCGUUUUCCCGCGCUCAAGGCGGUAAACUUUUAUUAACUUUGAAUUCUUAUUGGUUCUUAAAGGUAUUUCCCUUUCUUCUGAUUGGCUGCUGUAGUUGCUUUGGUUUUGGUUUCAGUACACUCAGUCGCAAAGCGCUCUAUUAGUGUUACACACUCCAUGUUUCACAUUCAUUCUAAUCGAGACAUUUUUUCCCCAGGCCAGUUCCGAGUCGAAAGGACCAGGAUAAGCUUGUCAAACUCAAGGUAAUUGGAUAGCUUGUGGAAAAAGUGUUACCUUUUUAUUUUGUUUGUUAAGUAUUUUCAGCGACCAUUUUAUUUCUUUUGUUCUCCCUCUAGACUGACUUGGAGCAUAUGCGCGUAAAAAGGUGAGGUUAAAAUUAAUCUGAGCCACACUCUGAAACGAAAGUCUAUCACUAAGAAUAAAGGGAGAAAGUUUCUCAAGAAACUGUGGUGCUGCGUCGGUGGAGGAGUAUAACAGGGUAAUUUGUCAUUAUCAACUGAGUUGAAAACGUAAUUUGGGCACAGACUCACGCCACCUUGCGACCGAUCACAUGCGAAAAUCUAGCGGCUGACUUUGUGCAUACGAUCGGUCGCAAGGUGGUGUGAGUCUGUGGUCCAGUCACAGAAAAAAGUAAAGAAAAAAACAAUACAAUGCUGGAUUACUUUCAAACCUCGAUUAAAUCACUUCCAUGUGUGCAUUUCAUAAGGAUAAACUUGAUCAAUAUCAGUAUCUGGGCAACUGCCCACCUACCCCUCCCCUAACUCAACAACAGUCAAUUGACAAUAAGUGAAGGUUAAUGUUGGGUUUGGGGAGGGGUACGUGGGCAGUUGCCCGGAUACUGAUAUUGAUCCAAUAAACUUAUGUUAACCUGCCUUUAUCUCGUGCUUAUUUUUUCAGCGCUAUGCGCCGUGAUAUAUUAGCAGAAGUCAGCAGCAAAGGAAUGAUCAAAACUGGCCUCAAGUCUGAUAUCUGCCAGGUUUGUUAACUCUUUGGUCUCUAAGAAUAACUAGCAUCUAUUCUCUCCUUGCAAUAUCGUCCUUGAAUCGCUCAUUAUGGUCACGAGAAUAAAGGAAAUGAUCACCAACUAAAGAAGCUGUAGAUUGUUAGAUAAUUUCUCCAUGUCCGCACCUUAGGCCAUGUAUGGAAAGCAGUAUGGAGAAUAUGCAUGUUGAUGCUAGGAUAUGAAGGGUUGAGCAUGCAACUUUUACAAGUAAUCAUUCUCUUCACAUGGUGAAGAUAAGAACUAGAAUAGCGGAAAUAGCCAUGUAAUUAACAUUAACCUUCAGUAAAGGCUUGUGUUUAGUCUUUAUUUACAUCUUCAUAGACCCUGGGUGAGUUCACAAUUAGCUGAGGCAUUGACGGUGAUACUUGUUAUUUCCCAGCAUGCUCUACUCCUUCCUGUACUCGUACACCAUGUACGCUAUCACAUGUGUCUGAAAACGCUGGACGAGAAGAUGGGGUACAUAUUCAAAGACCGAUCUUUAUUACAGGUAUUUUAUAUUGCGCGAAGCAAAUUCAAGUUGAUUUGCAUUUACAAUUAGUUAAGAGUGUUUUGUUUAAAAUUUAACGUGCUUUCUCGUGUUUGUUUUGAUCCAAAGCUUGCCCUGACUCACCCUUCUUAUCACCUCAACUUUGGUAUGAACCCAGACCACGCGCGUAACUCAUUGUCAAACUGUGGAGUGAAGCAACCGAGAUACGGCGACAGAAAAAUCCGACAUCUGCACACGCGCAAGAAAGGUAGAGAGAGAGAAUACCUAUUGAUAACAAGAGAUGGUCAAGUAUAGAGACCGAACUCUCAUCGCGAUACUUCGCGAUAUUUUUUCUUCCACCAAAGGCCCAUUUCUCUGAGGUACUAAUGCCUUAAGGGGCCUGAGGCCAUGUUUUGAUAUCUCAAUCUAAGGAAUAGUAGAGCGAGUCUUAACUAAUAAAAAUUAACGACGAAUACGUUCUUUAUCUUUAUCGUUUGAAUUUUAAUGCUAUACAUGAUCAACAAAAUCAGCUCUUUAGAACUGAUUUGUACCGGGACUUUCGAGUGACGGACCCUUGGAUAUCCCUUGAGUAGCUAUUCAUCCUCUAAAAAACCUUCAAUUAACUCGUUAGAGACACGUCACAUUUACUCACAGGAUGUAAGAUACCUUGAGUCUAUAUAGCGCUUUUCGACUGAGUGUCGUUAAACCAAAACCACUGUAAUUGCAAUGGCCAAUCAGAACAAUAUUUUCUGGCCUUGGAUUUGAGGAUAGUUUUUUAAGAACUGGGGUUUUGUUUCAGUUUCUUUUUUUCGGCAAAUUCUUAUUCGUCUACAUGAUAGUACUUUAGUUGUUACUCAGUUGAAAAUUGUCUGUUUUGUUAAGGUAUUACCCAGCUGAUACGUGUCAUGUCUAACCUCGGCAAGAUGGAGGAACACCAGUCUAUGUAAGCACCUCAAAUAAUUCUAGCAACUAACGUUCCUAUCGCCAUUCUCAUCUACAGCUCUGCUAUGUUAAAUUUAGGCACUACUAUUUUCUUGUAUCACCUGUAAGCGACAGACAGUCAUUUAAUACAGGUUUAACUAGUGGAGAACUAGAAAAUAUUAUGUCCAUGGAAAGCCCUAUUGUUAAAAAUGAAGUACAGCAACGAAAAUCAAUAUGAAAGUCCGUAAGUAAUUCGAGUGGUCCAUACCAACUGACGCUCUUGAGUGGAAAGAACAUACAGUACAUUGACCGCCAGUGAUGGAACCCAGGCCUCUGGAUCUGUUGUUCAGCAUACUAACCAUUCGGCCACCCAGGCGGUGGUGGAACGCUAUAAAACUGGACUUGAAUGGGACAGGGUGCUUACAGACAUCAGAGAUUUCCCAUAUCCUGAUUAUUCCAAGUGGCGAUGAGAACGCUUAUGACGUUGGUCUCCAAUAUUUUGAUCAUUGCUUUCACAAGCACGUCGAUCCAACAGAACAGUUUCUAUAGAAACUAAAUCACCUAAAUUGAAUAUCGCGUUGCCCCAAAAAUCCUUCUGAACGGAAUAUGGUUUAAUAUGCUCUCAGCUUCCUUAUGUAAUCCUGACCUUGGCUUCCAAACUCUCUCUAGUUUUGCUGAUGAUUGUGGCACUCUCGAUAAAUCUAAAUCCCUCAGUAAAGCGAGAAGGAGAAUAAUCGGAGGCAAGAUAACGCAUUGGUUAGACAGGUAGAGUAGGUGGAGUCAGUUAGGAGUCAGACAGAGACAGACAGACCGUGUAGACAGACAGACAGACAGACCGUGCAGACAGACUAACUGAUAGACAGACCGUGCAGACAGAUAAACUGACAGACAGACCGUGUAGACAUACAAACUGACAGACGGACGGAAAGACGUACUAUGCACAUAAACCGACAAGCAGGCAAACUGACAAACUGACUGACAGACACACUUGAAGAAACAAACUGACAGCGCCCGUGCAGAAAGUCAGGCAGAUAGAUCGACACACCAGACAGAGUGACUUGCGAAAUUUUAAUAUGCCGUAGUUUUAGCGUAAUUUAAUUAAUUGAGGAGAACACACUUGAAGCCUUAGAAGGCGACUGGUAUCAGCGUUGUAUGAGGUAACUACAAGGUGGGCCAUUUUGGCCUCUUGAGCAGUAUUUAUUGUAUGUACUCUUUCCCAUUUUCUCCAGGAUACGACAUAACGAGAGGCUUGAAUUCCUUGGAGAUGCUGUUCUGGAGUUGAUUAGCAGGUGAGAUUUACUGGAAAGCUCUUACUCUCGGAUAAAUUAAUACACAAACAUUUCGACUUGUGUUCCUCAAAGAACCCAUUUUAUCCUCUGGUGAAUUUUGUGAAUUUCUCCUUUGAGUAUUUCUGUGCUGAAGCUCACCGUGGUUAGAUGUAGAGACGCAAACCAGGGAAACUGGGUCGAGUACGUCAAGUCGCGGCAUGCUGGUAAAUUUGCCGGAAAAAAUAAAAAGCCUUCACUGAACGUAUUCAUUUCAGAUCUCUGGGUAAAACACGUCUAAACAUAUGGAAGUCAGGUUUGGAUUUGACGUGGGUAAAUUUGGGAAAUCACAGCAAUUUGGUACAAUUUGGUAGCCCUCUCAUCUGUGCGAUAGUUUUGUCUCAUAAGAAGCCUCUCUGACUCUUUUCUUUUCUACUCCUCUCUAGUGUUCACCUAUAUUUUAUGUUUCCGUCAAAGCCUGAAGGAGGUUUAGCCAUGUACCGCUCAGCUUUAGUGCAAAACAAACAUCUGGCACAACUCGCCAAGGUAGGUGUAAAUCAUAGCACGUAAUGGAAAAGGCAACGAAGUUGGUGGAGGUUUAUCACGACCUUGAGCUUAAACUUACCGAGAGAUAUUCGAUGAGAAAUUUUCUGAAUUGGUAAUUUGUCUUUUUACAUUGACGAAAUUUGUAUUUUCAAAAUCAUUAUUUUGAGCGUAUGUUUUCUUCUGAUCUACAUUCAUUUGUCUUAUCCUUAUAUUUCCUAGAAACUGGGUUUGUCCGACUACAUGCAGUUUUCGCACGGGUAUGUCACCUACGCUACUGAAAUAGAAAGUUACUUUUAACUGGUAUUUCACUUUCAUUUGGUAAUUUUAUUUUUCAGUCCUGAUUUGUGCGUGGAAGAAGAUCUCAAUCAUGCCAUGGCAAACUGCUUUGAAGCCCUCCUUGGUAAGUGCUGAGGCGUUUGUUCCCUUAUUUUCUUCUUGUUGUUUUGUUACCGGUUGUUUUUUUUUGUUGUUGUUGUUGUUGUUUUGUUUUUCGAUAUUUGAAAUGUUGAAAGGAAUCGCGAGAGAGAUUGAAAAAAGGACCAACUGAAACUCAGGGGGUGAAGCAAUGGGAGGCCAUCUGCCGACUCCCAGUCUCUUGUGUUCUCGUCCUGAGUGGUUCGCUCUGAGGAAUUAGAGAGGCUGACAUAGAAAUAUCGGAUCAAUAUCAGUAUCUGGGCAACUGCCCACCUACCCCUCCCCUAACUCAACAACAGUCAAUUGAUAAUAAAUAAGGGUUAAUGUUGGGUUAAGGGAGGGGUAGGUGGGCAGUUGCCCAGAUACUGAUAUUGAUCCGAAAUGUCCGGCAGAUAGCAAGGAAAAUGGUAAUGAAAUCUUGGUUGUGUAAGGGUUAUACAACAGUUCCUCAACAGCAGGUGUACCUAUGAGUGUACCAGUAGAGCAAAUAUUUGACAGCUGCAAUUCUAUAUGUCAUGGUAAAUAAAAUGAAAAAGAAAAUCGAAUAUAUGGAACAUUUUUCUUACGUGCUGUUGUUUUCGUAGGGGCUAUGUAUUUGGAGAGUGGUUUAACAUCAACUAAGGUUCUGUUCACAAACGUGGCCUUUGAAGAACAGGUUCGCUUUGCUUUAUUCUUGCGGUUUUUCGAUUUUUGUGUGUGUGUCUUCAAUCUUCUCACUGCCCUAUUGUUGAUACGUUUUAUUUUUAGGAACUCAGAGAUGUCUGGACAAACUUGCCUAAGCAUCCUUUACAGGUGAAUAAACGACAUGACCACUGUCACUAUAAUGUACCUUUUUUUUAAUUACCGUUUUGUGCUGGAAAUUAUCUUUUCUAGCGGCGUAAAAGUGGAUUCUUUUCAGUAAGGAAUAUAGAGUUGUAAGGCAUAUAUAUAUAUAUAUCUUGAUCACCGUAGUUUGUUCUAGGUGUUCAGUAGGUUAACUUGGAAUUGAAUGAGGGGACUAACCCAAAUAUCGUUUUCUAAACAGGCUCAACAACCAGACGGUGAUAGACACUUGAUAGCGUCAUCCCCGAUUCUUCAGGUUGAUCUCGUUCCUUUUUUUUUGCCAUUUUGUGACUUUUUUCAUGGAUAAGGAAUAUUGUCUUAUACUUUUAGUGUAAAAAUUGACUGAGAAGCUUUUUGUAUGUUUAUAUAAGUAUUCACAAUAGGCUUAAAGUAUCGUAUGUCGUAAAACAGCGGUUCAUUUCGCGCAGCUCGGCCAAUUGUAGCCUGCGCCGGUUACUUUGACUUGCCGAGUACAAAUUUCCUUCCUAGUGUUCUUGUUUCGUUUCCUUGUAGAAGUGUAACAGCUUUUGUGCUAUUUCUUGACUGAGUCCUUCCUAGAGUCUCUCGCACCAGGGGCUGGUAAAAGAGAGACCAUAGAAACGAAAUUAAACUUUGUGAGCAGACACUUACCCAUUUUUUUUUUUGUUUGCUUAUUUAUUUUUUUGUUUGGGUUGUUUUGGGUUAAGGGUUGAAAUGUUUCUGCUCGCUUUUUAGUGUCCCUUCAGGCUCUAUUGUGUUCAGCAGCUGCAGUUGAAAUUGCAGCAGCAUAGUAUAGCUGUAUGAAAGGGGGUUCUUGUUGUUGACGUUGUUUUUCUUCUUGUUGUCAGAAACUGGAGGAGUUUGAGAAAGCAAGUGGAAUUGAGUUUAACCACAUUCGGUUGCUGGCGCGUGCCUUUACCCAUCCGCAAGUCGGUUUCAAUAAUCUCACACUGUAAGUGGCAUCCAAAGAGAUACCAGAGCACGCUCCUUUUAAUCGUGAAGAUGGCGGCUUACUCCCUGACGCCUAUUUACACCUCGUCAGAAAAAAAAGCAGCUAAUUAGUGAGCGUUUAAAAGGACCUCUUGUUACAGCGUUUAGAUCACCCCUGAUGAAGGCACUAGACAGGAGUGUCAAAACGUUGAGUCUAUGAACUGUAAUUUCUUGGUUACAUUCAUUAAAUCUUUAAACCAGAGUAGUAUCAAACUGUGUCAGAUACCAGAGUAGUUAGCCGUUACUAGGAGAAGCCUAAAUUGAGCAUAAAUCAGCCUGCCGAGAUCAUACUCUUAAAUCUUCAUCGCGCUGCUUUUCGCCCGAAAUAAGCUUUGUCCUGACUUUUUAUGAAAAGAGUUCCUUAAUCGCCUAGCAUAAGUGAAAGUUAAACAAAGCUAGACGCCAAAAAACAGGGUACCUUGUUAUGUUUAUAUGACCUUAGAGUAGAGUAAAUUGCCCGUUCAGUUCAGUUGUAUCUACUUAGAGUAGCGUAAAUUGCCCGUGCAGUUCAGUUGUAUCUACAUCGCCAAUAUCAUUCUAAUAUUUUUACGCCCGGAAUGAUCAUAAAUCUUACACUUUGUGCUGGAUCGAUCUUAUCGUCGCCCCCAAACCAGGUUUGCCUCAGAAUAAUUUCCUUUGAGACUGAUAGCAAAGGAACUCGAUAACGUGACAGCUCUGGGAGACCUUGCACCGUUGUUUUUAGGCAGUGUUGUAAUCGUUUUGUAACACAUUUAUGGUUUGUUUUCAGUGGCAGCAACCAGCGUAUGGAAUUCUUGGGUGACUCUGUUUUGCAGUUUGUCGUGUCUGUGUAUCUCUUCAAGCACUUCCCUGAACACCACGAGGGACAUCUAACGGUAGGGCUUGAACAGAAGAGGCACUUUGGGACUACUCUUUACCAAAACGUUACAACUGAACAUGCGAAGGUGUCGAUCCGCAAAAUCACGAGAAAAUGUUUCUGAUCAUACCAUCAAGGUCAAAAAUCUCAAGUUAAACUUGACCUAACUGCUCUCCAGUUUAUUUUUUUCGUUGAAAAUUUGCUGUUUCUUUCUUUCUUUUCAGUUGCUGCGCAGCUCUCUCGUCAAUCAUCGAAUACAAGCAGCGAUCGCGCGUGAGCUGGGACUGGACAAGCUGAUAAACUUUGGAAACCAGGUGUCUAUAAGACCUAACAGUGUUUCCUUAUUCCAUUAGUGGCACACUAUGUUCACUUCAGUGAAUUAGCAAAAUGAUGGUCAUGUGUUGCUCCUCAAGACUCUCUUAACGUGCAAGGAUCUCAUGUUUAUGUUAUACAUGAAAAUAAUUGUGUUACGGCUUUGAUUUUAAGUUGAGGUACCUUUGAGCGUUUAGGCUCAAAGUUGCUAAAAUUCCCCUUUUCAGCUCCGAGCAUGAAAUUACCUGUUAAGGUGAUCCGUUUUUGUUUCACCUGUCCUUGCUGUAAAAAACAUUCCAACCGAGGAUGUUUCUCGUCUUGUUUAAUGUCCUAUUACUGUGUUUCAAACACCAGGGAAUGAAGUCUUUUCGGGAGAAGCUUCUUGCAGAUAUACUGGAAGGUAAAUUAUUUUCAGAUUUAUUCAACAAGGUAUUGUUCCAGUCUUUUCUUACACUACUUUCUUGUUUUUUUUUUAAAUUUUUUUAUAGCUUUUGUUGCUGCCCUGUACGUGGAUAAAGGUUUAAGAUACGUGGAAACGUUUUGCUAUGUCUGUCUCUUCCCACGGCUCGAGGUAAACAAACUUUCCAGUCUUGUUUUGCUCGAGAGCCAUUUUGGGUCAGGUUUUCCUACGACAUCUACCCUGAAAAUGAGAUCAAUAGCGCUUUCUGGUAUUUGAUGAUUUCCUGAGGAUUAGAAUUAGCGGUGUAGUUGUUAAAAUUAUUGCAGAUUCUGAUUGGCUAUUGAAUUUGACGCGGGAGUGCAUUGGUUUUUACACGACUUUGCUCUGUGAUUAGUCCAGAAAAACUCGCGACACUCUCACAACCAAUCAAAUCCAAAACUAAACCAACCCGUAUUUAAGGUAGAUGGCCUGUUUUACUCCACUUUAAGUUGGCUCCUUGUGAUAUUUAUCUCUGGUCUGCUUGGCCGUUGUAAACAGCCUCGUUCUAGGGAUGAAAAACGUGUCAACCAACUAUUGGUGACAUCCACGAAUGGCUAAAUGAAAGUACCUAACGUCAUGUUACUUGUCACCUCGUGCUACAAAGACCGGAGUAACCUGCGGCGCCUUGUGGUCUACUUGGCUCGAGUGCCCUUUUUUAACCCACCUUUGGUGUCUUGCUACAGAACCUUUUAUUAUCGUUGGAUUUGUAGUUCACCGCGGCUAUAUAGUGGCUUUAUAGUGUGGCUUAAAGAAAUCAACUUAAUUAAGAAAAAACAUGGAACCUUGUUCUUACGCUUUGUUUCUCGUAUUUUAUUCGAAAAAUGUAACUGUGCAGCCAAUCCAUUCUGUUGUUCCUCUAGGAGUCUAUCAUUAAUCAAGACUGGAUGGAUGCCAAAUCACAGUUGCAGCAGUGUUGUCUGACUUCUCGCGAGCUAGGAAAAACACCUGAUCUUCCACAAUACAAGUGAGUGAAACAUUCCCAUGGAGGAUUUUCUUUGAUAGAAUCCACAAGUACGUUGUAUACUGACUUUUCCUUAACGGAAGUUAUGAAGGGUUCCUCUAUACUCUCUGAUGAGUGUCAAGUACUGAACCACUAAAAAUUUGCCCUCUUAAACCUAAAAAACCCGACGAUAUAUAACAUACUUGGUACGUUUAUUUUUAUUUUGAAUGAGAAUUUUCGCCGCAAUUUAGUACGAUAACAUAAAGCUUUUCCAUAAAAUUCUAUCUCUAAAUAUGAGAACGGUCGCACCGUUUCUUUGGGCUCCUUGGGUAGAUCUUUCUCGAAAUCGGUGACCGAGUAUUAAAACCAUGACCACCGCUGAAUGAGCAUUCUUAGGUUCUACCAUUAUUUCAGUCGAUGGAUGCAAGCGGAAAAUUAUUGAUAGUGUCAAUGAAAGUAGUAGGUGUCUAAGAAGAUCAGACAACCACCUCUUUUGUAGGCCUGUUUUGUCUCAACUAACCGAGAGCUGGAAGAGUAAUCUUACAGAGUUUUAUUAAGCUUGUGUUUUUCAGCCGAGGAAAUGAGAUUUGUAAUUUGAAACAUGUUUUGAUUAUUGAUAUUUUUCCUUUUCUCCUUGAAGAGUUUUACAGAACAAGGGUCCUGCUCAUCAUAAACGUUAUACAGGUAUGUUUGAACUGAAAUCAAAUCCAGCAAACUCUAACAAACACAAGGAUUCGCAUCAACCGCGUAGCCAUGAUAUCAUUUAGGUAGGUCAAAAAUAGAAUAGCCUAAAUUACAAAUCACCUUUUAACAGUAAAACCACCUCAAACAAACCCCUUUGUAUGGGAAAAAAACUAAAAUUUUGGGCGUUGAUCGUUGAAUGAAAAAUCUAACGUGUCAGCUUAUCGAUUAAUGGAAAGAGCUAUUACCCAUUUUCCACCCCUCUAGAACGAGCAAAUUCGGAAGGCUAUACUGUUUUAGGAAUUUCUGAUCUAUUCGUAAUGUUUAGUGAGUGAUUCACACUUAAUUCUUAUGGAAUAGAAUCAGUAUAAUGUAGAUGAAAGCAACGGCGUUGUGGCGCCUCAUUGUUUCUCAAAUAGAUUGUAGACCAGAAGGUUUUCUUUAUUGAUGAUUGAUCAAACAGGUCUUAUAAUGUGAUUAAUUGCUGGUUAAGCGAAAAUUGCUAGUGUUAAUUUUGCAAACAGCAUACCUUUCUUUAAAAAAGCGGAAUUUUUUUUGUCUUCUUCCUCAGUUGCUGUUUACUACAAAGGAAGAAGAAUGGGGUCUGGCGAAGGCAAGAGGUAUUCGUAGUAUAAUUUAACUGUUUCCAGCCAAUCUGUACAGCUUUCGUUGACAAGUAGUGUUAUAGGUCUUCCAGUGGUUUCGUGGGAUUUUCAGUUGAGAAACAUCUUUUGGUAAAUUCUUCACUUCUCGCUUCUUUUUCAAAACAUAUCAACAGCUUAGAGAGAAUUUUCUUUUUUUCACUCUGAAUGUAACCGGAUCUGCUUAAGUUACCGACACGAUUAUGCUGUACAUCUAUAAAUCUCUUCAACCUUGUCUCGUUCCUUUUUUAGAAUUUGUUUACCCUUGUUUAAUUGUUUAUUUGCCCCACCUUAGAGAAGUGUUCCAUUUCGGAUGUUCCAUCAUUUAAUUUCCUCCUUCUGAGAGACGAAUCAUCAUUACACGUCUUGAAUGUUGAACUUAUCUUAAUUUUCAGUCCAACACAUAAGCUCUUUUUUCAAAUCUCACAUAUAUUUUACCGAAUUUUUGGUAAACUCUGACACGUGCUCUCUUCAUCUCCAUUUAGUAUUCAACAAGCAGAAAUGGCGGCAGCAAAAGAUGCUUUGACAUCUCGUGAGUAUUUUUAAUGAAUAUCAUCAUUUGAUAACAUGAUGAUAAAAAUUGUUACUUGAUGAAAUGGUAACAUUGUAGCGUAAUAACAUGAUGGCGAUGGCAUUGUAGAAAAUUAGCAUGGUAACGUGGUAAAAUGAAGAUGACCUGUUCACAUUAUAAUAAACAAUUAUUCCGCAAGCGCGCUUUGGAUAUGAGAUGAUAGAUAGCCAAUGAGGCCUGUAGGGCUGAGUUGGCUAUUAUUGACACCUCAUGUCCAACAAGUGCGAGCGGAACAAUUGUUUUAUUAAAAACGCCCCAAAUAUAAAUCAGGUUUGACUCCUAACCCUUGAUGGCUAAGCCAACGAAAACUCUUGAAUUGCAUUAUCCAAUAAUCCGGUUUUUAAUAAUUUAUAUGGUAACGUGAUAAAAUGGUCAUGAGAUAACACGACAGUGUUCUGAUAUGACGACAUGAUGAUACUGGUAAGAAGGCAAAACGAUACAAUAAUAACGCCCAUAACACCAUCACGUGGUACAAAGUUGCUAUGAUUAAGUUACGACGAUUAUGAAAAGAUGAUAGUGUAAUAACAAUUUAAAGGUAACAUGGCUACAUGACACAGGGAUAAAAGAAACGAGCACCUUCAAAGUGCUCAUUCCACCUCGUGUACGUAGGAAACGAUGGCACAGGGUAAUAUUUCUCUAAAAUGAUCCCUGAUGUGUGUGUGUUUUUUUUUUUUCUUCUUUUGUGGUAGACUAUUUCCCGGAGCUGGCGAGACAGAAACGUCUUCUUGACCGAAAACAUCAGGGGAGACGACGAAAUUACUGGAACAAAGUACCGCGGAAAGAAUUUGAGGAGAAAGACGAUCGGGUGGAGGUAGAAGUUGUACCUCGCUGGGAAGAAAAGGAAACUAUCGAAAAAGACGACAACUCAGACGUAACACAAGACGAAUGUCAGCCACAAGAAGAGUAAAAAGACAUUUCUGUGGAAACGCUAACUGUAUUGUCAAUGGUAGGGGUGGGGGUGUGGUGUGACCACUAGGAAUCAUAAUUAAGUUAGUCAAGGAUGCUGAACGAAACCCAAAACGAUUCAUGUAAGGGGAAAAUUGCGUGGAAACCUCCAUAGAAAGUAACAUAUUUAGCCAGAGAAAAUCAUUGGAUUCUCUUCUAAACGUUGUCCUCUGGAUGAAAAUUGCUUGCUAAAAACCUUGCGAAAAAUACUCCCUUCGUAGAAAAUUGGAACAAACUUGCGUAUUGGUACAACUUGAGAAAUUCGAAAAUCCUCCUUCCUUUGUCCUAUCCUUCCCCAUCUGAGUUUUACUCAUGAUGAGUUGACUCUGCUUUUAUUUAUAUUAGUUACCCAAGGAAGAUUUUGGAGUAAUCUACCAUCUCUUCUCAUCGCUAUAUUCCAAUUAAUUCAGAGUUAAAUAUUUCAAAACAGUUCAAAAUUUUAAUAUGAACGUAUUUAAAGUUUUAACAAACUUAUAGUGAAGGAAAUAUUCCAUGUGAAAUUAUUUGAGAUGUAAAGUUUGUUUAUCGUGGAAAAGCUCUUUUAUAUGUAAGUAUGCACUUCAAGCGAAAUACUUUUAUUACUUUUAUAGAGAAAAAAAUUAUAAUAAUGGAC